AUUUUAAGAAUUAAUUUAUUCUCAUAUCGAUCUUCUAUAUAAACAACGUACCAUCACCCCUUCUCAACCAUCACAAUAAUUUAGAAGCAUUCAUAUUGAUUAAUAUUCUCGAGUAUUUUCAUAAGAAAAAAAAAUAAAAUUAACAAUGGGAAAAGGUGGAAACGCUAAUGAUGUUGCUGAUUCUUCUGAAAACAUGGCAGCAUGGCUUCUUGGAGUUAAUAAUCUCAAAAUUCAACCUUUCAAACUUCCUAAUCUUGGGCCUAAUGAUGUAAGGGUUCGGAUGAAGGCUGUUGGAAUUUGUGGUAGUGAUGUUCACUACUUGAAGACAAUGAGUUGUGGCGAUUACCACGUCAAAGAACCGAUGGUAAUAGGCCAUGAAUGUGCUGGUAGCAUUGAAGAAGUCGGUAGCGAGGUGACAGGCCUAGCUCCCGGUGAUCGGGUAGCACUCGAGCCGGGAAUCGGCUGUUGGAGGUGUAACCGCUGCAAGGAAGGAAGCUACAAUCUUUGCCCUGAUAUGAAGUUCUUUGCAACUCCCCCUAUUCAUGGAUCUCUUGCAAAUCAGAUUGUGCACCCUGCAACUUUAUGCUUUAAACUACCUGAUAAUGUAAGUUUGGAAGAAGGAGCAAUGUGUGAGCCUCUAAGUGUUGGUGUUUACGGAUGUCGUCGCGCUAAGGUUGGGGCUGAGUCUACAGUUUUGAUUAUUGGAGCAGGACCUAUUGGUCUUGUUACUCUGCUGUCAGCCAAGGCCUUUGGAGCCCCAAGGAUUGUGGUGGCUGAUGUAGAUGAACACCGUCUUUCUGUUGCUAAGAGUCUUGGUGCUUAUUCUGUUGUCCAAGUUUCCACCAACAAGGAGGAUGUGGCUGUAGAGGUUGAGAAAAUUAAGAAAGCUAUGGGAAAAGACAUAGAUGUUACCCUUGAUUGCGCCGGUUUUGAUAAAACUGUAUCAACUGCUUUGGGUGCUACUCGAAACGGAGGCAAAGUUUGCCUAAUUGGGAUGGGUCACUGUAUCAUGACUGUUCCUUUAACCCCGGCUGCCUCAAGGGAGGUAGAUGUAUUGGGUGUUUUCCGGUACAAGAACACUUGGCCACAAUGCUUGGAGUUUUUGAGUAGCGGAAAAAUUGAUGUGAAGCCUCUUAUAACUCAUAGGUUUGGAUUCACCCAAGAGGAGGUGGUGCGAGCAUUUGAGACCAGUGCUCGUGGUGGUAAUGCAAUCAAAGUCAUGUUCAAUCUUUAAGGAAUUUGAUUUGAUUACGAAGAUUUCAAGACACUUUUUAGCUUAUAUACAAUUAUGUCUUAGGUUAUUAGGCGUAGACAUUUUUACUUAAAUAAUUUUACCUUAUUAUAAGGUUAUAUUGCACAGUAUAUAUUCUUAGAACAAUUUAGUUUUCCAUAUUGUAUAUACGUAAGUAUUUACUUAUGAGCUACUGAAGUUUAUCUCUUUUGUCAAUUAAUUGAUGUUUUUCUUCGCUA